AUGGCGACUCAAACAAUGAAAAAGAUAUACAGUUGUUUGAUGAUUGUAGUUUUAUUUACGAUAGUGGUUUCAACAUAUGCGAGUACGGUGGAAGUGUGUGUUAAGCAUUGUGUCCCGAAUCAAUGCAUGAAAGUUUCUCAAAAGGCAACUCUUCCUUUAUGUGAGAAUGCUUGCAAAAAGUUUUGCAACCAAAACAAAUUUUCUGAUGAGAAACUUAUCGUGCAUCGAAGUUCUUGCGACGGAUUAUUCAGCUGGCUCUUUUGUAAUAAGUGAAACUUAAGAAAUUUGCAAAAUAAUUUAUGCGUGUGAUUUCUUAUCUUUAAUUUAAUAAAUAUAUUAUGUAAGUAUAUACUUUAUUUAUAAUAAUUUAUUUUUGUGUCGGUUAGACAUGUGUGAGAUAAACAUCGUUUUAUUACAUGUCCAUAAAUUAUACUAUUUUGUUUCAAAAUAUAAUUAACGUUUGAACUUCUUCACACAAAUUAAAAACUACAUAAAUUGUGUAACAUGUUAUUGUUUUACAUUAAAAUAGAAUUUCUAUUUUUAAAAAUAUUCAACCAAUCUCAGAAGAGAGUUUCUCCAGCGAUGACAUAGCAUCAUCUCGUAAUAUUUUUAAAAUUUACCGGUUAAAUUUGUCAUGUUUCGCCGUGUUGACCCUAUGUCACUAACGGGUAUACAUCUUAGGCCAUGAUAAUGUAUUUUAAUCAUGGAGUUACCUCUCUAUCACUUCUUCAAAUUCUGUAACUUAAAGAAUGAUAAAGAACGUAUCCACCGCUGUCGUCUCUGUUGUCACGCCGGAGAAGAUCAUUGUUUCCAAAUGCGGCGAUUCACGUGCCGUGCUUUGCCAUAACGGCGUAGCCAUUCCUCUCUCCGUGGAUCACAAGGUUUUUAAUACAAAACUGUAUAUAGAAUCAAGAAUUGGUUAGUAUCAAUCAAGAUUGUAUGGUUCUAAGAGUUUUUGUAGGUUUGUGUAGUGAUGAACAGCCGGAUCGACCCGAUGAAGUGAUUCGGAUCUAGCAAGCGGGUGGGUGGGUUAUUAUUAGGAUGUAGCUAGGGUUCUUGGAGUUCUUGCCAUGUCUAGAGCAAUUGGUGAGUGAAUCUCUCUUUGUGAUUCGAAUUUGGUAAAGCUAUUUUAAUAACAUCUUGAAUUAAAUUCUUUUGAUUUUUGUUUUUGUUUAUAUAUAUACACCAUAUUUACUUGAAACCAUAUGACAACGGCGAUGGAAGCGAAGGUAACAGUGACAGAUCGAACCGACGACGAUGAAUGUUUGAUCUUGGCGAGUGAUGGUCUAUGGAACGUUGUACCAAAUGAGACGGCGUUAUGGUACAACGUUGUGCUGUGCCCUCGAGGUGCUGGUAGAGCGGAUUGUGAUGAUUCUGUUGCAGCAGCCGUAGACAAUGCUUGCUCUGAUGCUUCUUUGCUAUUAACGAAGUUUGCUCUAGCAAGACCAAGCUUUGAUAACGUGAGCGUUGUGGUGCAGUGGUUGACAGGAGGAAGAGGAGGAAUAAUCAAUCAUCGUCUUAAUAAUUAGUGUUUUAAUUAGUAGUAGUAUUAGAGAAAUUGUCACAUAGCCUAAUUGUAAUUUUUAUAUUAAGGUACCCCCUUUACAAUAUUUGGUUUGUAUUUUUCUUUUUAAAAUUUGAUCCUAAUUUGGAUUUGAUAACACUUCCUAGGAUUCAUGUGGUAUAUUAUAAGAGAUUGU